GAGGCCCCCAGCAGAAAAGCCCUAGUUCCCUCGCCCGUCUGUAUUUCCGCCGCCGUCUCGGCGCCUCCCCCGCCGCUCUCUCUCUCUCUCUCUCUCGACAGACCCACGAUCAGGACGGUCAGUCAGCAAUUGCCGGCGGUGGCCAGCUGAAAACGUCCGACCACGAACUCAGUCGUUUACUAUCUUCUUGUUCUUGUUCUUCUCCCGGUCGCUCUGUCGAUGGCAUCUCGACCGGAGGUACAGGCGCCGCCUGAGAUAUUCUACAACGACGUCGAGGCUCGCAAGUACACUUCCUCUUCCCGUAUAAUCGAAAUUCAGGCUAAACUAUCGGAGAGAGCGUUGGAGCUCCUUGCUUUGCCGGACGACGGAGUUCCGAGAUUACUCCUUGAUAUCGGUUGCGGAUCUGGAUUGAGUGGGGAGACACUAUCAGAAAAUGGACACACUUGGAUUGGUUUGGACAUUUCGCCAUCAAUGCUUGACAUCGCCUUGGAGAGAGAGGCAGAAGGUGAUCUUUUGCUAAGCGAUAUGGGUCAGGGCUUGGGACUUAGACCUGGUGUUAUUGACGGAGCCAUCAGUAUCUCUGCCGUUCAGUGGUUAUGCAACGCGGAUAAGUCCUCUCACGAGCCACGGUUAAGAUUGAAGGCAUUUUUUGGAUCAUUAUAUAAAUGCUUAGCAAGGGGGGCAAGAGCAGUUUUUCAAGUUUAUCCAGAAAGUAUAGCCCAGCGUGAGUUGAUUUUGGGUUCUGCUAUGCGGGCUGGAUUCGCAGGUGGUGUGGUGGUUGACUUCCCGCACAGCUCGAAGAGCAGGAAAGAAUACCUCGUGCUUACUUGUGGGCCGCCAUCUGUCAGCACUGCCGUACCUAAGGGAAAAGGGGAAGAUGGGGAGAGUUCCUCCGAAGAUAGCAGUGGUGAUGAAGACAAUCAAACAGUUAGUAUCUCAGACAGGCACCGGCCAAAGAAGAAACAGAAACUAAAUAGGAGAGGCAAAGGAAGAGAGUGGGUUAUGAGAAAGAAAGACCAGAUGAGGAGAAAAGGGAAUGUGGUGCCUCCUGACACAAAGUACACGGCUCGCAAGCGCAAAGCUCGGUUUUGAUCCGCAGCACGCAUGAGCUGCACGAAGAGAUUUUCGUAAUACAAUUUCUGGCAUGGUUCAUACUUAGGAGCAUCGCUGGUUAUUUCACUGCACUACGUAUAUUUUUCCAUAUCCAGCAGUCAAAUGUAAUAUUCUCUUUCAAGUAGUUAACGACGUAUUAGUACACUGAUGUAUUUAGAUAUAUUUUUGGAGAGACAGGAUUCUCCUGCAAAAAUUUUGAGUGAUAUAUAACGUUUAGAUAUGAUGUUUACAGGACCUA